UGAUGUUGAUGUGAGACAGGGGACACAUCAAGAUCAUGACUUUGGCACUGCAAGGAAGGCAUGGACUUUAGACACACACCACUAGAACCUCUGUGGUGUUCUGAGGAUUCCAUGGCCCUGAGAUGUUGGGAGAAAAAUGGGCGGGAAGUGGACUGGUGGCAGUGGGUGUGGCCAUGUAUGUAAUGAUGUCAGGGAAAUUUCCAUUCUAUUCUCCUGAAGGUGGGGCAGUUCUCUUUGACCUCAUUGUAGGAAGUAGAUGAAGAUUCCACUGGGCCUGUCAAGGAAGCCAAGUCUCUACUUGAGAGCCCACUGGAAAAAGAUCCUACAGAACGACAUGGGUGGAGGAGAAGGAGAUGCAGAUGAGGUUCAAUCCCAUGUGUUCUUCGAGUCCAUCACUGGACGAUGUUACAACAAGAGGAUCACUCCUCCCUUUAUCCCC